AUGGGGGAGGUUAACUAUCCUGCUAAAUGCCAAUCAUUUUCACGAGACUUCAACUGGGUUGAUCAUAAACCUGAGUGGUAUGUUAAUGGCCCCACUGUUGUUGAGGAUCAUAUGGAUUUACAAGAAUGUAACGCAUUAUCUAGGGCGAAAGAAUUGGAAGAUUACUUGAAGUCACUGCUACUGCAUAAUAAUAAAAAGGAAUGUCGAAAACAGGGAGAACGCCCACUUAAUAUAAGAACGUUGAGAGAAAUUGAAGCUAAGUUAGAGGCUAAGCCCUCAGAACCCAGCGAGCGGGGUGAUAUGAGUGCAUUCUACAAACUUUUGGGUUUUUUUGAUCGAAUUUCCAAGUCUAAUAAUGUCACAUCACAAGACAAAGGGAAGCAGAAUCCUGACCUUAACAUCGAUCACUCAGAUUUCACAGACGAUAAGGUGAAUAUUUCAGACGAAGCAAAGCACAACAUUUCACAGCCAAAGCUUAUUAAUAGUGACACUAGAAACUCAGAUGCUGAAGCUCUUUCAAUCCCAAACGAAAGUUCGUUUGUUUCAAUAAACAGAACGCCGAAGUUGGAAGUCAGUGAUAUUACUAAACAUGUGACGUGCAACCCUGUAACCGCCCCAUAUCAGCGACAGUUUAUUGCAUCUGGGCCCUUAGGGCAGAAUGCACUCCGUUGGUUUAAGGCCAUGACUAAUGCGGCUUCUGCAAAUGUUUGCAUAAAUCAUAAUUUAGAAAGUUUUAAAACUUUACACACCAAACCAACCACAACAGCAAAUGCAUCUACAAAUACUCAAGUUCCCAAUACACCUCCGAGUGAAAUUUCCAUAUCUUGUUCACUUCCAGCAUAUCAAAACCUACUCAUCAAUGAACAAACUAAACUGCCAGUAAAUUUUUCUUCGUAUCACUUCAAAACAGGUCAACCUUUUGAAGGAUUAUUAGGAUUGGGAUACCCACACCGAUCAAUUAAAUCAAUGAUGCUGCCGUACCAUUCCCAUAGUGCUUUCUUUUUUAAUCGCUCGAUAGUUAACCCGUUUUUACUGCAGCAACUGAUCCAAAAGCAGCUCAAUUUUCGAAGUGCAGCACUCCAGUUACCGUAUCAGUACUUCCGAACACACUUAUCAGAUUUACCUAGUGGAAAUUUCUAUGCAUCAUUUUCUCAGUCUUCACCAAAUGUUUCAGAAACCAAAAAGGUUUAUUGGAAAUCUACGCUCAAUCGAUACAUGGAAAGUUGUCCAUCCGUAAUGGAUAGCAAUAUCAAAUGAAUAGCAAGUUUAAUUUCAAAUAAUAAGAAUAUUGAAAUUUACUGACUGUAGUAUUUCUGUGUUUUAAUUCGAGUUCCGUAUGUUCUUCAGGUCAUCCUUGUAUUAAUGUGUUGUGUAAAUACAUUUUAGUGCUACUUAUUUUCUUCUUUGUUCUGGUUUAUUAACGCAUGAAAGGUAGAUGAGGAUAGGCAGAG